AUGGCGGAUGGGAAUCCCUUUCUUCUUCUCCAAAAUCGCACUCCCCAAUUCUCCGAUUCCCAGAAGCCCCAACUCCUGAAACUCGCGACGGAGAGCCCGGUGAUGGAGAGAGGCCCCAGGUUCAAUGAAUACUCCCAACUCAGAGAGAGGAAGCUGAGAUCGAAGAAACUCACGGCGCAGAAAGCCCCACCGGAAACAUACGAGGAGCCGCCGCCGCCGCCGGUGUUGACCCCGCAGAGAAAGCAGGUGAAAUUCGACUCGGAUUUCGCUACCCCGCCGAGGAGGCCCAGGGCGCCCUCCGCCUUGACCCAGUCGGUGCCGGAUUUCUCGUCGGCGCUGAGGAAGGAGAACCGGAAGCCGGCCGCGGCGCAGCUUCCGCCGGUGGCGGAGAGGUCGAUGACGCCGCCGGAGGGGCUGCGCAAGGGCGGGAGGGGUUAUUGCGGGAGGGUGGGCGGAGGGAGCAAAUCGACGAAUUCGGCGGAGAAAAGGAGUGGGGGGCUGAUGGCGGCCCGGAAAAGCUACGCUAACAUGGAGGAGUUGAAGAGAUUGGCCGUGGCUGCCGGAAAAGAAAUCAAUGGACGGAAAACUGGUGUGGGGAGUAGACUCUUCUGA